AUGUCUGCUACUAACAUCGCCCCUGUUACAUCUGAUGCCGUCACCGUUGACAGCACUAACACCAACACUCCUGUUGACGCCAAACAAGAAGCUCUCCACAAGAUAGCUGCCGAGAAAGAAGCCAAGCGCAUCGAGAAUGUUGCUAUACAGAAGAGGAAGCUCGAAGCUGCUAAGCAAAAGGCGGCGCAAGAGAUGAUGUCUAAGGGCAAGAACGCGAUCCUCAAGGCCCAGCCUAACCGACCUUCACGAAGACCGGCGAAGAAGAAUCGAAAACCGCUUCCCCCUCCUGCCAACCGGACUCAUGAGAUCGAAGCGACUAUGGAGAAGACGAAAGCUAGCGCUGAAGAGAAACGUCUUGCCCCUCUUCGAGUUGUUCGCCCAAGCUACAGCUACAGCGAUAUCGUUGAGCAGCGCAUUGUCGAUGGCGUCGUUGAGCGCAUUGUGCAUGCCAACCAUUCUGCGCAUGCGUCUUGUGCCGCCCACGAUCAUGAAGACGGUAUUGAGCAGCGCAUGGCAGACGACGACACUGAACCUUCCUUCCAGCCCGCUGAUGCGCCCGGAACUGCCCAGUCUGAGGAGUCAGAUAGGGCCACGGAACCCGAUACUGAGUCAGACGAAGUUGCUCCUCAGCUAGUUCAAGAGCUUGCCUCUCCCGAGCAGAUCGCGGAGCCUGAAGACGACGACAAUUCUUCCGAAGCUUCCAGUAUCACUGCACUACCCCACAUCUAUGUCACCGCUCCGACAGAUGAUGCGAAUGAGGAUACCUCAAUGUCGGGAAAUCUGUCUGAGGCGGUUGACAAGUCGACCGAGCCGAUCCAGGCAGCUGUUUUUGAAGAGUCAACUUGCAGUCCUUCGGGGAUCCUGUCGAUGCCAAACUCAACUCUUUACCCUUCGCGCCUAUCCCGCGACGAAGAGGCUAAGUUGGUCGCUAUGCACGUCGCGCCCAUCGUACUGCCGGUCGUUGAAGCCAAGCAGCAGAAGCUUAGCAAGGCUGAGAAGAAGGCCGCCAAGACAUCUGAAGCAUCUAAGGAUGUAACCACGAUUGAGUCCAAGGUGGUUCAAACGCUCCCCGAGCCCGACUCUACCGAGACUGCGAUGAAUACUGUCGAUCCAGUUGUCAUGGCAGAAGAAUACACAUACGUCGCGACACUUCUUGCGAGGCCCAAUGGCUCUGGUGUGACCACGGAUUCUCGCGAUCUUCACGAGAAGCUCGUCGCGCUUCAUGUCGCUCCUCUCUCGCUGCCAGUCACUGCACCCAAGCAGCAGAAGAUCAACCGAAAAGCUACUAAAGCCAACCUCCAGAUGUCUACUCCGGUUGAGAAGCAGGAACCUGAUUUUGUCGCCUCUCUUCUUUCCAAGCCUAACGGCCCAGGCGAGACCCAGGAGGCGCGCGACUCUCAUGAGAAGCUAGUUACGCUUCAUAUCACUCCUCUCUCGCUGCCGGCCAUUGCGUCCAAGCAACAAAAGACCUCAAAGACAGAGCAGAAGGCUAAAAAGGUUGACAAGAAGAAGUCCGUCGCUACGGAGAAGAAAGAGCCUGACUUUGUCGCCUCUCUUCUCUGCAAGCCAAAUGGCCCGGGUGCAUCCAAAGAGACUCGCAACCUUCACAACAGGCUCGUGGCUACGCAUGUAGCGCCACUCAACUUUUCGGUUUCCAUACAACAGGAUAAGAAUAAGAAAGCCGAGAAGGCCAACAGGUAUAUCGAGACUUGGACCGCUGACCCUGAUGCCGUUGAUGCACUGUUCACCAGCAUGGUGCCUCCCAUUACUGAGGAGCCUAUCUCUGCUGUUGAGGAGCUGAGUACAGACGAUACAACGCGCGACGAGCCGUCUGUCGUCAUUGCGACUCCCAUCCAUGGGUUCUGGCAAACUGUUCUUUCCAAACCCACUGCCAUCGAAGCCACCAAAGCCACCACCGUCGAGCAGACCGUCAUCAUCCCGGACUCAUCAUCGGAGUCCGACACCAUAGAAUCAUUCAGACCCUCCAGCCCCUCCUCAACGCACUCCACCCCAUCCAUCCUUCGCGCAGCCUCAAAAGCACGCACAACCCUCCUCGGCGCCACAUCCCUAGAAACCUUCAUCAACGCCCUCGACUUCGAACUCUGGGACGGCACGACCACUAAAGACGAUAUAUGCGAGGCCUUCGCUUCCCUAUCUUCCCAUCCCACAACUGCUGGUCUGGAUACCGCUAAGAUGCAGCGCAAGAUCAAGCUAGGUAGUACUUCGCUGUACGCGUUCCUGCGUCAGAUUACGUUCAUCGAGGAUGAAGAAGUGACGGUUGUGGGGGAGGUGAUGAAGGUGUUUAGGAAGGCGGCGAGGGAGCAGGUGACGGAAACGAAACUGGAGGUUGCGCUGUGGCUGGAGGAGGAGACGGAUGAGGGCAGUCAGCGAGGCAGGCGGUCAAAGCGUUCUUCUCUGGCCGGUGGGGUCUAG